AUGGGAAUCAAGGUCAUGAUGAAAGCUUUCAAUAAGCCUAAAGACAUCCCAUCGCAGGUGCCCCCGCUCACGCCCGGCACCAACAAGAAGAUGGCUGAGGCGCUGAAGGCUACCUUCGCUUCCUGGGAGAAGGAACAGCUGCGCCUCGGCGUCCCAAAAGACCCUCGCCAAUGGAGCGAGGCGGCGGUCGCUGCGUGGCUGCGCUGGGCGGCCCGGGAGUUCUCGCUGGAGGGCGUAGCCCUGCAACAGUUCGCGCGCGCCCAGGGCAAGGACAUCUGCGCGAUGGGCCGCGACGAGUUCGUCGCGAGGGCGCCCGCCUUCAUGGGCGACAUACUGUGGGAGCACCUGGAAAUUCUGCAGAAAGACGUUGAAAAGGAACGUUCCCUGCUGGCGAACGUGCCGCCAAACAUGUACGAGAGCAACGUAUGCCUCCCAGAGCUCUCCGACUACAUCCCGCCGCCCGCCCACCACUACAACAACAACAAUACCGUCGGCCGCGCCUGGCGCAACAGCGCGACCUUGGCGCCGUUUUUCCGCUCUCUUUCAGCGCAUCUGAGGUCCGUCAUCGGAGUCUUGUGCACUGUGCAACUUCUACAACUACGACCGUGUCAUCUGCGCCGUUUCAAUUACAUGUCACAACACCCGUGUGUUCAGGAUAGUCUACGGGUUCUGCCUUCGAUGGGGGUU